CUGAACAUAAUUUCAGGAUGUCUGCUCAGCGGGGUGGCCAGUCUACCCUCGUCCAUAGCCUUGCCACACUGUUACGGAAUAAUGGUGAUUCGGUUUUGGAUGGCUCUAGCACCCUAACUCUACAGGUAGCUUGUGUACAACAUUUGACUCGUCUCUUUGAGCAGUACUUGCUCUCCCGUACCCACCAGCAUGGCUUCCUGGCCCUCCCAUCACACCCAGCCGAUACUACCUCUCUGCUCCAGGUUCAGUUCCUCUUCGACAUGCUACAAAAGACAGUCUCUCUUAAGCUUGUCCAUCCACCUGGUCCAAGAUUGCAGUCCGUGGUGAAAAUCUUCCCAUUUAAGUCACUCAAGCAUCUAGAGCUGAAACGAAUUCCUCCUCAUUGUCUUGAGGGACUUCGAGGUGUUUACUCUCAGUUGGAGGUGUUCAUCUGCUCCAAAAGCCUAAACACUUUGGAGGAACUGCUGUCCUUGUGUGGAGGCGAUCUCAGCUCUGCAUUGCCCUGGUUAGAACUUCACACCCUCAAUUUCAGCUACAACAGUAUUUCCUGUCUUGAUGAGUCACUGAGUUUGCUGAAUGUUCUGAGGUCACUGGAUUUAAGCCAUAACAAUAUAAAAGACUGUGCUGAGUUUCUGAAGCCUCUCAGUGAGCUGGAACAUCUAAAUCUCUCCUACAAUAACCUGCAGAGGGCGCCAGUGCUCAGCUUCAAUGCAAGAGCAAGACUGACCACUUUGGUGCUCAGAAACAACGAACUGGAAACCAUUAAUGGAGUGGAAUACUUAUCUUCUCUUCAGCAUUUUGACCUUGCCUACAACCUGCUAAUGGCGCACUCUCAGCUAGCUCCUCUCUCUUUCCUGCAUAACCUCCAUACGUUGACCCUAGAAGGCAACCCACUGUUCUACCAAAAAAUGCACCGGACUUCAACUGUGUGCCACCUUUCUCCCCGAGCUGCUUUUCACGGACUUAAACUGGAUGGGUUUGCACUGUCGUCCUCUGAGCUCAUGGUCCUGCCAAAAGCCGGUCAGUCUAUGGGUCAGAUUUCCCAGGCGCACAAAGUUGCUGUGGCAUCUGAACAAGCUGUACAGGACAUGUCAAGUGGAGGAGGGGAAUUAAGCGACAGCCUGUCUGUCAGUGAAUCCGGAGCAAGUCGAGUUUCCAGGAGAAAAUCCAAGAAUAAGGUAAAGGUGAGGACAGCUAGCAUCUCAGAGCCCAGUGAUACAGACCAUGAACCCAGAUCAGCUUCUUUAGAUAUCAUCUUGCACCACCAAAAGGACAUUGAGAGAAUGGACAGCUUUAGGGAGCAGAUGGGUGAGGACUGGCUGCGCUUCCAACACCAUAUUGAUGGUACACCAGCUCCAGUCGCUGAUCCUAUAGUGGAGAAAGUAACAGCACAGGUGAUCAGUGAAAACAGCUGCACCCCUUCACCUUUGGUGAUUAAAAAAGACUGCCUCUUACCCAGAAUAGACUUUCUCCCUGCCCCAUUACUAUCUUCUGAGCUAAAAAGGGAGGAGGAGGAAAGCAUGGACCUUCAGCCUGAGACUGAAUCUACACUGCAGUGGACAGGACACAGUCCUGCAAGCACAGAGUCCACAUUAGAGACAAGUGUAGGAGACCCCCCACCCCAGCCCUCCACUGAGCCUGAACCAGCAGAGGAAGAAGAGGAGGACCAUGGAGUGGACCUGUGCAGGCCCAUGCUGGUGGGAAUGCUCUCUGAGAACGAGGAGCCUGAUGGGAGGAAGGGUUCAGAGCCCUUCUUUCUAAGAGUCAAUCAGACUAAUAUUCUGGAGGUGGACAUGCACCAGGGCCGAGCGAAAAGCCGACUUGAGCUGGAGAGCCUGAGGCAGGUGACUGCCUCCCAAGCCACUGUGAAAGCAAAGGAGAAGGAGACGUCACAUCCAGUUCUGGAGCUGCACUUUAAUUACAUUAGCCAGGAACGACGUAAACGAAGAUACAUCAUGCUGGACGAUGACCCACAGGAAGCCCUACAGGCUUUGGUUGAGGUGCUUUCCAGGGUCAUAGAAGACAAUGAGCGUCAGGCAGUUGAGGGAAAAACAGCAACUGUGCAGCUCCAGUGUCUGAAAUGCCAAGCUGAAUUUCCCCGGCCUUUAUCUAAAAGUCUGAUGAGGACCUUGUCUGAACUAGACGACUAUCGUGGACAUCAAGAGGUUACAGAGAAAGAACACAAUGCAGAUGAUGUUGUUUUCUGCCCUGAAUGCAGUAGUGAUCAUGUAGUGCAGUUGCCUGGCCAAACGACUCCCUCCACCAGUACACCAGUUCCCUGUGGCUUUGGCCCGAAUGGUGACCGAUGUUUUACGUUUGAUGAUGUUGACACUCCUGUUCGCCCUCUACUGGAUGAACCUCAUGGUAGCACUCGGAAUGGUACAGAGUCCUCAGACGUCUCUACGAUGCAAGAACAAGGCACAGACAGCUUCCUCACGGCCCACAGCAGCUUAUCCAACAACACAUCCAAUCACAGUGAGACCUGGCCUGACCAUGUGAUCAGCUAUCAGUCGGCUGACAGCCAGGAACACAGCGAGCUGGGAGGAUCUAAGGAUGAGCUGGCUGAAACCUACAGUGGCUCUCAGGGGCUUCAGAACCAUUCAUCUCAACAUGCACAAGCAUAUGACCAUGGCCUUCUAGAUCUGCUGCCAGAAGAUGUUGAAGCUGUAGACCAUCGACUGAAACUUUUUCUAGAUGUGGAAGUGUUUGAUGGAGAAGAGGAGAUUCAUUCAUUUUUAAAAAUGUCUGUUGUGAAGUUUGGGGACCCAUUGGAGUUCCCGGCUCUCAUGGUUGUGUCUGAUCAGCGCAUCUACAUCCUGAAAAUGACUUCCUGCUCAGAAGGGCAGCCAUCAGACUGGCUGGAGAAAAGGGAGAGUCAUCGGCUGUGUGAUUUGAGCUAUCUGGAAGUAGGUCUUGGUUCCCAGAGCAUCCACAUGGAAUUUGAUGAGGGGGCAGCUGCAUACACACUGCUGGUUCGAGACAGCACCCGUUGCAACCGUUUCUUCGGCCGAUUAACAGGAAUAGCAAAAGAACUGGCACCAAAGGCUGACAGCAAGCUUAAGGGCAUUUCAACUACACGCCUGAAUCCCAAACAUCAUCUCUGGCCCCUGGUUUGUGAAGGCAGCAAAACGGAUGCUGAAGAAGAUAGCCAUCCUCCAUUUUUUUAUCUCCUGGCCUUCCUCCAACUUGGUGACGCUCCGACCUCGGUGACUGUUCUGGCCACUCAGGAAACACUUUGUCUUCUUGACGAAGACCACCAAUGGAGCAAAAGUUGCCCAAACCUUACAGUCAAUGAGGAGGGCGAAACCAGCAGUGGGCGGGUCACUGUUCGGGAAACACAGCCUAUCAGCUGUGUCAGCUCUGUCCAUCUGUUCUCAUCUGAUCCAUGUCAGGUGGACAUAAAACUUUAUGACGAGAUGGCUAAGGAAGAGAAGACGUGGCCUUUGAAAGCUGAGGCUGAACAGGAAAUCCAAGGUUUAGUGGACUGGAUCAAAAGCCAGUGGGAGGCCAUGUUUGGGGUCAAACUCAUCACUGUUAUUCGGUAGUAACUUUUGUUGAGCACUGUUGC